AUGCUCUACAUCCUUCCAGCAUUGCUGGCAGUGGGUGUCUCGAACCCUGAGGCCGAUCACGACAGCCAAUGUGCUUUGCAGGUGGGUUCGGAGACGCAGGUCGGGAUCGCGAGGCAUCAGACCCACAAGGCACAUCAGACCCACAAGGCGCAUCAGAGCCACAAGGUGCACAAGGUCGCGCGCGAGGAGAGUGAGGAGAAGGAGGGCUGGAAGAAGGCUUCUCCCAAGGCUUCGGGCGCUGCCCACAGCGGCCACAGCGCCUCCAAGAAGGGAUCUGCAAAGAGCCCUGCGAAGGGAAAGCAUGCCGGUGCCUCCGGAAAGUGGGCCUCCCAACAGGGCUCCCACUCUCAUCUUCAUGGGAAGAACGCUUCCGAAGACUUCGUGCCGGAGAUGAUCACCAAGUUCUUGGACAUGCCGGUUCCGAAGAUGAACCCUGAGAUUUCCAGCACGCGACCCCUGGUGUUCAUGCAUCAGCAUCGCGCAGGUGGCACGACGAUGCGAAAGCUCCUGUACAACACCUCCAUGAGUCAGAAGAUGAAGCCUCAUAUUCUGUGCUCCGGAGGGGUCAGCUGCAGAGCCUUCAAGAACAAUGUUACUGAUGCUGCGGUCUACGGUGGUGAGUUCUGCUGGCGGGAGAUGAUGACUUCUCUGUCCGGCAAGGAAGUGUCCUGCCUGACAAACUUCCGCGAGCCAGUGGCUCGUAUUACCUCCUGUUAUUCGCAGCGGUUGGUCGCCAAGAGAAAGGUGGCCCCUUUCUGCAUGGCGAAGUUGGACCCGCAGAAGCUCAAGACCCUUCUCGUGAACUACGGCUGCGUGAACGAGCCUUUCCGCCGACUGGGUCAGUGCGGUGUGCAGACGCAUGCGGAUGCCACCGACAAAAAGGCCCGGAUGCAGAUUUGGAACAGCACGCUGCGCAAUCUUGCGACUUGCGUGCCGAUCUUGGUCGACAAGCAGGACACCUACUCGGCCGCUGUGAAGCACUUCCCGCAGCUGAAACAGGCUUUCUGGCAGAUGAAGAAGGAAAAGAUGAACACGAACUCCUACCCCAAGGACUGCGAGAUCCCAGCCACGCACAUGGCCGUGAUCCAGGAGUUGGCAGCGCAGGAGACGCUCCUCUACGAGGCUGCCAGGAAAAGGGCGCUGAAGCUGCACGAGCAUGCCUGA